AUGAUCACUAGUCUACAAUAUUUGCUUGUUCUUCAUUUUUCUUACUUAGGACUUUGCUUAUCAAUAUGUAACAUUAAUAGCACUCAAUAUCUAAAAGAUCCAGCAACUUUAUGGUGUCCUGAUAACAUGUUCAAGUUGGGAUUUUUCAGUCCUGGAAAUACUACGAAUCGUUACGUUGGUAUUUGGUACAACUUCUCAGAAACAACUGUUGUUUGGGUAGCAAAUAGAGAUAAACCAUUGAAAGAUUCAUUUGGUGUUUUCAAGAUUUCUGAGGAUGGAAAUCUUGUUGUGAUGAAUGGAAUGAAAGAUGUUAUUUGGACAUCGAACAUUUCAUCUACUUCACACGUUGUUACGAGUUCUAUUGCUCAGUUACGAGGAGGGAACCUUGUUUUACUUGACAACUCGAAAAAUAGGAACAUUAUAUGGCAAAGUUACCAACAUCCUAGUGAUACAUUUUUGCCUAAAAUGAAAAUACCUAUUAACUCUGUUAAAGCAGGGGAGAAAACAGGGCUAAGAUCUUGGAAAAGUCCUUUGGAUCCAAGUUUUGGUGAUUUUUCGACUAGCAUUACCGCGAUUCUUCCUCAGCUUUUGAUUUGGAAAGGGAAGAAUCUAUACUGGCGAAGUGGUCAAUGGAAUGGUCAGGUUUUUAUUGGAAUAAAGGGUAUGCGUAGAGUGCACACUGGUGGAUACAAUGUUGUUGAUGAUGAAGAGGGCACUGUCUAUCUUACGGGUUUUGUUGAACAAAAAGAACCUAAAAGGUUCGUCUUGGACUCGAGUGGGAACUUGGUACAAUCAUACUGGGAUGGGAUUGAGAGGAUUUGGAAGUUUCCGUGGUCAGCUAUCGAAAAUGAUUGUGAUGUUUAUGGAACUUGUGGUCCAUUUGGGAGCUGCAAUUCAUUGUAUUCGCCAAUUUGUUCGUGUUUAAGAGGGUUUGAGCCAAAGAAUAUCGACGAAUGGGAAAAGGGGAAUUGGACUAGUGGUUGUGUGAGGAGGAAAAGUUUGCAAUGUGAUCAAGAGAAGAACAAAACAAGUACAAAAGAUGGAUUUUUGAAGAUGGGAUACAUGAAAGUGCCCGAUUUCGCUGAAUGGUUACCUCCUAAGCUUGAAGAUGAAUGCAGAAGCCAAUGCUUGAGUAAUUGUUCUUGCUUAGCUUAUGCUUUUGACACAGGAAUAGGCUGCAUGUCGUGGAGCGGAUACUUGAUUGACAUUCAACAGUUUCAAGCCUCUGGCACGACACUUCACAUCCGUGUGGCACAUUCUGAACUCGAUCAUCACGGAGAGAUUAGACUAAUCGCAACUCUAGUGAUUGUAUCGUCUUUUGUUGUUUGCGUUGGUGUGUAUCUUAUAUGGUUUUGGAUGUCAAGGCAAAGAGGUAAAAUAUGGUUUCACUUUAAAAGGAACAAUCAGUUAGAUGGAAAGAAGAUCUGUUUGGGAGAAAUUAUUAGUAAUGUUGGUUUGGAUGAGUUGCCAAUUUUCAAGUUUGAAGUGCUUGCAAUGUCAACAAACCAGUUUCAUGACAACAAUAAGCUUGGACAAGGCGGUUUUGGUCCGGUAUACAAGGGAGUAUUAGCAGACGGGGUGGAAAUAGCUGUCAAGAGGCUUUCGACUGUCUCAGGACAAGGGAUGGAAGAGUUCAUGAAUGAAGUGUUGUUGAUAUCUAGAGUCCAACAUAGAAACCUUGUUAGAUUAUUGGGAUGUUGCAUAGAAAAAGAAGAGAAGAUGUUGAUCUAUGAGUAUUUGCCAAAUAAAAGCUUGGAUGUUUUUCUCUUUGAUCAAACGCAUAAAGGGAUGUUGGAUUUGAGCAAACGAUUGCACAUUAUCGAAUGGAUAGGGCGAGGACUACUAUAUCUACAUAGAGAUUCAAGAAUAAAGAUAAUCCAUAGAGAUCUAAAGCCAAGUAAUAUCUUGUUAGAUAAUGAUUUCAAUCCAAAGAUUUCAGACUUUGGCAUGGCUAGGAUUUUCAAAUGCAAUCAAGAUCAAGCAGAGACAAGGAAAGUUGCAGGAACAUAUGGCUAUAUGGCUCCAGAGUACGCGAUCAAAGGGACGUUUUCUGAGAAAUCGGAUGUUUUUAGCUUUGGAGUGUUGUUGUUGGAAAUAAUGAGUGGGCAAAAGGUUGCAAGUUUUUGGAAUGAGGAGAUCUCAUUAAGCCUUCUUGGAUAUGCAUGGGAACUAUGGAAAGAGAAUGAUUUAUCAAAUUUUAUUGAUCAAGUGAUAUGGGAUCCCAACUUUGAAAUUGUGUUAACAAAAUGCAUACAAAUAGGUUUGUUGUGUGUUCAAGAAUUUGCUAGAGAUAGGCCAACAGUUUCAAAUGUUCUUUCCAUGUUUUCAAGUGAAGUUAUAAGUCUUCCAACACCAUUGAAGCCUGCUUUUGCUAAUUUUUAUGAUGAUAAUGGAGCUGGUUCUGUAAAUUAUGUCACUUUGACAAACCUUGAUGCUAGAUAAUUAAUAUGAAAUAUUGUGAA